UUUGUUUUGAAGAAAUUCAACAAAGCGUUUGAUAGAAAGGAAUUCUGAUAGAACAUAGCAAAUUUAUUUGAAACAUUGAUCAAGGUUACCCAACACGCAACACGAGUUGGGAAAAUAGCCAAAAGUACUUUAUAUUAUGGAAAUAGCCGGUGCUGGAGACCAAAAUUUGGAACUCACGGGAGACAUGUUAAAGGAGUUGAGUAAUGCAAUAGAGGAGGAUGACGAUGAUGAGGACUUUGAUGAGACUUUGGUGGAGAGAUUGAUUGGUUUGACAGAGAUGUUUCCAGGACCUAUACGAAAUGCUGUUAGUAAGACUACUUCCUUCUCCUGGAAGGCAGUGCAGUGGGGUUUCUCCUUCAGCAAGAGUGCAUUCUGGGUAGCAAUGUCUGCUAGUACAAUACUGGUUUUACCAGUUAUGUUCGAAAAUGAACGAGCACAAAUGCUAGACCAGCAAAAACAACAAGAAAAGCAGAUUUUACUCGGACCUCACUCAGCAAUGUCUGGGACAGGGAUGUACAAUCCAGGAAUGAUGCCCCCAGGCAUGGUGCCUCCACCACCAUCCAUGGCACCCCCACCCCCAACACCAUCAUAAUCUUUGGACAGAGUGGGUUUUUUUGUGUGUAAAUGAUCAAAAGGAUUUGUGUAUUGUAUAUACUGUGUGUAUGUGUAGAAUGUACUUCAUUCAUGAAAGUCAGUGAAAUGAUGAAAAAUAAAGAAAAUUUUAUUAAA